UCGCUGUCUCUAGCUUGGUUGCAGGAGCGAACGCAGGUUUGCAGGAGACUCUGUUUUGAGAGGAUGUAUUUUCAUAUUAAUAUUGAAUUUUAAUUUUACAGCCGUUGUGUUAAAUUGGGUGUCGAGGUAGCCAUUGCACGGUUGUGCUUGCCACAUCAGAGAUGCUGGUUAGGAGCCUCGGUGGAUUUUAGCAAACGCUAAUAUUCGAGCUAACUACACCUAGGGAUUUGUUUCCCUUCCAAGCAAUGGAUGAGGCAUGUAUGAAGAAGCAGAAUUGGGACGUGAAGGAGACGGAGCUAUUCCUCGAAAUCCUGAAGGAUCUGGACAUGAAGAAGUGUUUGGACGGAAGGAAAGUAAGGAACAACACGCUGUUUAAGGUAGCUCACAGGAGAAUGACAGCUGCCGGUUACCACCGAUCCGUGGAUCAGUUAAAAUUUCGCUGGAAACUUCUCAAAAGUGCGUAUUACAAGUGCAAGAGAUCGCCAAAUGCUCCGGCCCCGACCAAAAUCCAGGGCUGGUGGCGCUAUGAAAAGACCAUGGUGGCGAUCAUGGAGUCCAGACACCCACUGGUGGGACCUGAAGUGAACUCUGACAGGAACGAUGAAGUGACAGAAGACUCGGAUGUAGAAGCGUCAAUGCUGCACUGGCCGCAGUCUUGUCGGGACAAUAACACCCAGAACCUGGAUUUAAUCAUUAAGAUGGACCCGGAGAUGAACUCGCAUCUUAAAAUUGGUUUUAUUGGUGCAGGCAACAUGGCGUAUGGCAUUACAAAGGGCAUUUUAGCAGGGAAUAUUCUUCCUGAGAACAUCCUAGUGAGCGCACCUUCUGUUAGGAAUUUGGGACGUUUUCAGGAGCUUGGGAUUUCCAUCACACACUCCAAUGUAGAGGUGGUGGGUGGUUCAGAUGUUGUCUUCGUGGCGGUCAAACCUCACCUCAUUCCACUGGUUCUAAACGAGAUCUCUCCUCACGUCACUGACAGACACAUAGUGGUGUCAGUUGCAGCAGGGGUGACGCUAGCAACACUAGAAGAGAUCCUACCAGAGAAUACAGUCACCAUCCGCAUGAUGCCAAAUCUGCCAUGCAUGGUUCAGGAAGGUGCUCUGCUCUUUGCUAGGGGAACUAAUGCAAAGGAGGAAGAUGGAGCUCUGCUCCGCUCCUUGUUGCAUCAUUGUGGCUUGGUGGAGGAGGGACCAGAGACCUGGCUUGACAUUCACACCGGACUCAGUGGAAGUGGUGUGGCUUUUGUUUACCUGUUUGCUGAAGCAUUGGCAGAAGGAGCUGUAAAAAUGGGGAUGCCAAGUUCUCUCGCCCACAGCAUUGCAUCUCAGACAGUUCUGGGCGCUGGAAGAUUGUUGCGUGACACAGGGAAGCAUCCAGCUCAGCUCCGCUCUGAGGUCUGCACUCCGGGUGGAACGACCAUCUAUGGGCUACAUGCCCUGGAGCAAGGCGGCGUCAGGGCAUCAACCAUGAGCGCCGUGGAGGCUGCUACAGAGAGAGCUAGGGAUCUUGGCCGAAAGCCAGCAGCAGGUUACAGAAAAUGAUGAGUGCCUUAAAGAGCAUGGACUCAUUGGACUUAAUGAAGCUCAACAAUAAAGUAGGUUUAAAAACAGGCUCAACGUCAUCAAGGCAUUACAAGGAAAACUGGAUCAGGGUGUAUUUGCUUUCAUUUUUUGUUUGUUUGUUUUUUGUGACCAUUUUUCACAUCAAAAUUUACACUAAAAAAUAUUUGAAAACAAAAACUUCCAUGCACACAAAUGAUUAGAUUUAUAAUUUAGAUAGAAACAUAUAUUUCAUGUUGAUUAAAAGUUUUAUAUUGUAAUUAGAAAAAGACUUGGUGGCAUCUAUAUGCCUGGAAUAGCCUUAUACAGAGGGAUGAAAUUAACAAGCUAGUGUAGUGAAAGAGAGUACACGAUUAAACAAGCCAUUGCUGAGUGUAUUAAACAAUUUAAAUUUAUAUUAUGAUUCAUGUAGCACACUAUAAUUUGUUUAAAAAUUAAAAGCUAGCAUCAAUGUUAGUAAAAGCCAACAUUUCUCUUCUACAAAGCCAAGUCUGUAUAAAUAUCUGUGACGUGUUGUGAAAAAGAUCUCCUUGUACAUUGCCUUAUUUUUUUUAAUUUAUUUAAGUUAAUAAGUAAUUAAA